CGAAGAGAAAAAAUGGCGGAAAAUGGCCGGAGUAUUUUGAAAAUGAUUUUUACAAAUUUUAUUCGUUCUUUACGUCCGAAAAAUGUUCUUAGUCAAGGAAAAAUAGCUGGAAAAGAUCAGUUUGGUAAUACGUAUUACGAAAUACCUGCUGACCCAAGUCGAGGAAAAAGAGUACCAAAGAGAUGGUAUAAACCAGAAAUAGAUGAUGACUGGGAAAAAGAAAUUCCAGUUGAGUGGGAAGCUUGGUUAANAAUAAAAAUAUAA